CGUACAUGAUUCAUUGAAUGAAUUAAAUUUCCUGAAUGUGCCUCAGAUACAAUCAUGAAAUGAUAGGUCCGUAAUGUCUUCCACAUCUUUCAAAGAAUGUGUGGUCAUUACAUGAUUUGUUAACUGAGCCUCUCAGGUAUCUUAAUUCAUUCAACUUCAGACGCGAGAGUCAUCAUUUAACGAAACUUGCCAUAGAGAUUUCCACGCUUGGCCAAGUGCGGAGGGCGACCCGAUAGGCUGGCCUGCUCUCGACACAAAAAGUAAAUAUAUACAAAGAAGGACGUUAAUAGUACACAGUCGAAAUGUGUUCGAGGAAGGAACAACACGCCGAUAUCUUGAUGUAACAAAGAGAAUGAUUUAAAUUUAUCAUACUGUAUCAGUGUAGCACUGCGAUGUUUUUGAUUUGAUUCUGAUUGAAGGAAUGUAAAGGCUCUCUCAAAUCCCCUACAGUUCGGAGUGAGAUGAUUGAUAAAGACUGACCGCUCUCCCGUUGCUGCAGGUAGCCGCUGGUGGUUCGCUUUGAUGUCACGGACUUUGAGUUGAGCGAUUUAUCCUCACUUGCAGGUCUUACCGUUCAUAUGUACCGUACCCACCUGAAGCUCCUCAUCCUCUGCGUGGGCGCCUUCCCUCUCCUGCUAACCGUCUAUAAUAUUGGAAAAUGUGAUCUCAUCAAGGAAGAGGACCGAAUUUACAGAGAAGAGGUUUCAUCACAUGUCGUCGGCGAGUUUGAUGCUUCUGUGGGCUUUCAACCCAGGAUAGCCCAGUCCUAUAACCACGUGAAAAGGACUCACCCACUCAAAUAUGAGGAACUGGAGUGCAUUAUCAAUGGGGACUACUCCAUAACAGGCAGAAAAGAGGGGAAUGAAGUUUACAUGCCAUUUUCAUUCAUUCAGAAAUAUUUUGAGGUGUAUGGCUCUCUUGAGACAUCGGAUGGAUAUGAGAGGUUUUCAUUUCACCACAGUUACCAGGAUGAUUUUCCCACUGACCCCCAGCCAAAAUACUCCCCCAGCGGAGUCUUCAUGUCGUUCGAUCUGUACAGUGUGGAAGACCGAAAUAGGGUUAAAUGUGUCAGUGGCAUCGAAGGUGUUCCAAUAUCGACACAAUGGGAGCGCAAAGGUCACUACUACCCUAUACAGAUAGCACAGUAUGGUUUAAGUCAUUACAGCAAGCACCUGUCACAGCCACGACCCAAAAGCAAAGUUCUGGAGGACGGAGAGCAAACCGACCUCUCAAACUGGCUGCUUCCGGAUCGAAAAUCGGAGAUUCGCAGUCGUAUGGAUGACAGAACGUCACUGGACAAUGGCGUAGUGGAGUUUAAAACAGCAACAAAUGUGAAAAACCCAGGAAUUUCAAUAUCCGCAAAGGAAAGAAGGAUGACAACAAUGUCCUUGGAUGUUAUGUUUAUCAAUAAUGGAAGUGUAACCGUUUUGAUUCAGACAGGAGAUGGAAAUUUAUUUCGUAUUCAUUACGUGCUAAGUGACAAUAUAAUCAAAUUAGAUGGCAAAGACCUUUAUUAUGGCAUUGGAUCAAACAUGAAAGGAGAAUGGAUUCACUUAACGAGACAAGUGAUGGUAGACUUCCAAAAAGGAUUAACAUUACAGUAUUCAAAAAAUCGAAGUAUCAAAAUAAAAAAUGCAGCCCAAAUUGCAGCUAUUUGUGUUCGUGGGCACGGGGUAAUGGACAAUGUUAUUCUUUCUACUCAUGCACACAAAAAUUUGUUUUUUGAUGCUGCGAAUUAUUUUGUACGGCAUCAAGAUCCCAGAGGCGGCUGGCCAGUGAAAGUGACUCGUAAACUGAUUCCAGAGGUCAUGGAGCUGGAACCUGGGUGGUAUUCUGCCAUGGGACAAGGUCAGGCCAUUUCUCUCCUUGUUCGUGCGUACGUGGCCUCCAAAGACUCGACUUACUUGGAGGCAGCGGGGAGAGCUUUGGAUAUUUUUGACAUUCCAAGUUCAGAAGGUGGAGUGCUAGCAAAGUUUCUGAACAAAUAUGACUGGUAUGAGGAGUAUCCUACAACGCCCAGUAGUUUUGUGCUCAAUGGAUUUAUAUAUUCUUUAAUAGGUCUGUAUGACCUGAAAGAAAUAGCAAUAGGUAGGAUUAGAGAAAAAGCAGCAAAGUUAUACGAAAAAGGAAUGAUGACGUUGAAAACGAUGCUUCCCAUGUUUGAUUCUGGCAUUGGGACGUUUUAUGAUCUUCGACAUAUCACCGCGGGGCUGGCCCCUAAUCGUGCUAGGUGGGAUUAUCACAAGGUUCAUAUUAAACAGCUUUAUCUACUCGUUGAAUUAGAUGAUGACAAACUGUUCAAAAACACUCUUCAACGAUGGAAAGGGUACAUGAAAGGAAAGAUCGCGCCUCAUAAUUAACAAUGAAGGUGUUAUCUGAAUCCCAUUGUUAGGUUGUAUCAGUUGCCCAAGCAGUGUACGAUGUGAUAUUGCAUUAAAUAAGUCUGUUAUAGUUCAUUUUUUACUUUUAGGAAUUGUUAUAAUUUGGGGGAUGAAAAGUGCCCAUUUUGCAUUUCAGUAGUUUGAACUAUUGAUUUGUGUAGGUUUAACUAAUUUAAGUUGCUACUACAUGUAUUUAAAAAAAAAUGAAGUGCACUCACGCGACACGCUUUUACGAGUUUUUAAAUUUAGUAUUUAUUUAGUAUUUUAAAGAUAUCCGGGUACGUUAAUAAAACAUCAAUUAGGAAGAUGAUACACUGCUAAUGCACAUUAAAAAAAUUUGGGAGUAUCAAAAAGUUCAUAUUCUCGCGAACCAGUCACUCAACAUAGUCUCGGUAUAAGACAUAUUUUGCACCGGUGAUUUCCGAAUGAAUUUAGCCAUGAGAAAAAAAAAUCAUAAAGGGAAUCGCAAUCCCUUUAUUUAUUUCAGAGGGAGGUGUCAUUGUAGACUAUUUAACAAGAGAAUUGAUAGCUUUACAAGAGGGAAAUUUACUUUCACUGUAAUUUUUCUUCAUGUUUUGUUCAAACACUUUCUUUGGGUAUACUCAUAAAAAAAUCAUGUUGCAGUUAAACUGCGGUAUAUUCUCAUGUUAUAUUUUUUUUUGCAUUUUCAAAUGAGACAUUUACUGUGUUGGACAUUAUUUUGAGAGAAAAGAUUUCAUAUUACUGCCACUGACGAAGAAAUUACAAUCAAUGUACAUGUGUACCCACUUGUUCCCAGGUGGAACCAGAACAGAUUUCAGUUCAUACUAAAAACCACCUGACUGUUUGGUGCUUUGUUUUGAUAUUUUACCAUUGUAACUCAACAUAGUGAAAUAGAUUUACAUUGUUGUUUGUGACAUUCCAUGCUUGUGUUUUGUUCAUUAAGGCUGUACUUUAGGAGCACAAAAUAUGUGCGUACAAAUAUAUGUAUUAUAUUUUCAUAUCGUUAGUGUUUACCGGUAUUAUGUUAGUUAAUGUGAGUUUGUGGAGAGAGAGAGAGAGAGAGAGAGAGAGAGAGAGAGAGUGUGUGUGUGUGUGUGUGUGUGUGUGUGUGUGUGUGUGUGUGUGUGUGUGUGUCUGUUGAACUUUAUCUGAAUUCUCCAACUUCUUUGAAACUGACAUGAAACGAACACAAUAAAACACUGAAAACUGAA